CCUUUUUUUUGGCCGGUUUAUUAGAAUUUAGAAUAUUUUGAUUUUUUUACGUGGCACUAAUACGCUUUUUUUUCUAUAUAAAAUGUUAAAAAAUAAAUUAAAUAAUAGCUUCACUAUAUUUAUAUUAAUAUUUAAUUUUAUAAUGCCAACUUUUGCACUAUUUGAUAGCAUAUACUGUGGAAAGGAAAAUUGCUACGAUAUUCUUGGAGUAACAAGGGAUUCCACAAAACAAGAAAUAGCGAAGGCUUAUCGCCUGCUAGCUCGAAAGUAUCAUCCGGAUUUGCAUCAAGGUGUAGAAGCAAAGAAAGUUGCUGAGGAACAGUUUAAAUUGAUAGCAACAGCUUAUGAAAUCUUGAAAGAUGAGGGUUCGAAAGCUGAUUAUGAUAAUAUGCUCGAUAAUCCCGAGGAAUACUAUGCUCAUUAUUAUAGAUAUUAUCGCAGAAGAAUAGCACCGCAGAUUGAUGUAAGACUUGUCGUAAUAGUUAGCAUUAGCAUAAUUUCUAUAAUUCAGUACUAUUCUGGUUGGCAAAGAUACGAAUCGGCAAUAAAGCAUUUUACAACAGUCCCUAAAUACAGAAAUAAAGCAAUGGAAAUGGCACAAGAUGAAAUUAGUCAGAGAAUUAAUAAAAAAGGAAGAAAUAAACUAUCAAAAACUGAGCAAAAGGAAGAAUUAGAAAAAAUUAUUCGGAAAGUUAUUGAAGACAAAAUGGAUAUUAAAGGUGCUUAUGCUAAACCGUCAAUUCUAGAUAUACUUUGGAUUCAAUUAAUUAUUUUGCCCUAUACUGUACUUAAGUACAUAGCGUGGUAUAUAAGUUGGAUUUGGAAAUUCAACAUUUUAAAGCGGCCAUAUGAAGAAGAACAAAAGCUAUAUUUGAUUAGAAAAAAUAUGGGAAUGGGAGAGCACCAAUUUAACGCAUUAGAUGAAAGUGAAAUAAAACAUUAUUUGAAGUUAAAACUGUGGGAAAAAGAGCCGUUUGAUGAAUGGCAUAAAGAACAAGAAGAGGAAGUGAAAAAAUCUUUAGCAGAAAAUCCAAGAUAUAAAUCUUAUAGAAGAUACUUAAAAAAUCAUGGAAUUCCAAGAAUGACAUUUGAAGAAUAAAAAUUGCUUUUUAAUGCUAUAAGUGUUUUCGAUAUACCUAUUAAUUAUUUGAAGUUGGCUUUAAGCGGAUAAGCGAUCUCUUUCGAGCUUAAUUUAAGCAAAAGUAAGCAUUUACAUAUAUUCUUUUUGGAAAAGAUUUUCAAAGACUUUUCUAUGACAACUUAACAAAAAUUUGUUAAUUAUUUGCGUACAAGUUUUGUAUAAAUCUUACACUUAAAUAUUUUCGAAAUUAUGUGAAAGAUUGAAUAAAUUUUUUUUUUUUGU